AUGUCAUCUCUUCAGCAAUACCGCACAAAGGUAGCCAUGACCCGAGAAGAAAUUGAUGAAAAGAAGAAGAGAUGGUUAGAAGAAAAGGCCAAGGAACAAUUACGAAAGAGAAUUGAGGAAAAUUUAAUUCGAGAGCAACCGAAUCUAGUGGGUAUACAAAAUCAUUCCUCUCAACAAGCAUCUUUCCCAACAAGCCUGAUCGGAAUACUAACUGACACGGUUGAAAAAUCCAUCAAGGAAGAAUUAAAAAUUAAUCAUACUCUCAGUCAUCAAACACAAGGAGAGGAAGAUGAUGAUGAAAAUUUCUUGACCAAUGAAAUGGAAAAUCAUAAAUGUGCCAUUUGCUUUGAAAUUAUGUUAGAUAAGGAACAUGAGCCAAUGAUGAUAGUACCAUGUGGACAUUGUUUUUGUCGAAAUUGUUUACAAUUAUUAACCACACAAAAGUGUCCAACAUGCAGGUCAAAGAUCAAAUCCCUGGCUGUCAAUUUUGCCUUAAAACAAGUAAUUAAUUCUUAUAAUGAUUUGAAAAUGCAAAAAGAAAAGAAAAAACAAGAAAUGCAAAUAUUUAUUGAAAAACAAAGUGUACAUAAUGUCGAUCCAACAGUUUUGGAAAUAUUUAAAACUGUACUUAAUAGGACACCCUCUGAGCAUCGUCAAGAAGUUGAAAAAUAUCUCUCUCAAUUUGCAAAAGCAAAAACAAGAAAAAAAGUUCUAACCGAUUCUUUAAGUGAAAUUGAUUCAGAACUUGAUCAUUUAAAAACUCAUGAAAAUAUUGCAGAAUCUCAUUUAGAAAGAUUUAAUGUUGAACACCAAGCUCUUGUUCAGGAAAUUGAGGAAAAGAUGAAGAGAUUGGAAGACUUAAAAAAAGCAAUUGGUGAACAAGAUCGUGUGACCAAGGAGAUUUCUCAACACAAACAACAAAUGGAACAAAAGAAACAUUUCAUUCUUCAGUCCAUUCAAUCCAUAGAAAGAGAAAGAGAGAAGGCCAAACUGAUCAUUAAAAACUUUGUUCCAACUUUAAGUGAUUAUGAGUUUAAUGAUUAG